CGUGCCGGUGCCGUGCCGGAGCCAGCUCCACGGCGAGAAGGGCAUCUCCAUCCCUGACCACGGCUUCUGCCAACCCAUCUCCAUCCCGCUCUGCACCGACAUCGCCUACAACCAGACCAUCAUGCCCAACCUGCUGGGUCACACCAACCAGGAGGACGCGGGGUUGGAGGUCCACCAGUUCUACCCCUUGGUGAAGGUCCAAUGCUCGUUGGAGCUCAAGUUCUUCCUCUGCUCCAUGUACGCGCCGGUCUGCACGGUGCUGGAGCAGGCCAUCCCGCCAUGCCGCUCCAUCUGCGAGCGGGCACGCCAGGGCUGCGAAGCCCUCAUGAAUAAAUUCGGUUUCCAAUGGCCGGAGCGAUUACGUUGUGAGAACUUCCCCCGGCACGGCGCCGAGCAGAUCUGCGUGGGGCAGAACCAUUCGGAAGACGGCGGUUCGCCGGCGUUGCUCACCAGUGCCACACCGUUGGCUGGCCAGGGCACCCCAGGCGCCCCUCGUUAUGCCACUCUUGACCACCCCUUCCACUGCCCGCGGGCACUGAAGGUGCCCAGCUACCUCAACUACAAGUUCUUGGGCGAGAAGGACUGCGCGGCGCCCUGCGAGCCCACCCGGCCUGAUGGCCACAUGUUCUUCAACGAGGACGAGAUCCGUUUCGCCCGUAUCUGGAUCCUCAUCUGGUCCGUCUUGUGUUGUGCCUCCACCUUCUUCACCGUCACCACUUACCUGGUGGACAUGCAGCGUUUCCGCUACCCCGAGAGACCCAUCAUCUUCCUCUCGGGCUGCUACACCAUGGUGUCGGUGGCCUACAUCGCCGGCUUCGUGCUGGAGGAGAGAGUGGUCUGCAACGAGCGUUUCCAGGAGGAUGGCUACCGCACGGUGGUCCAGGGUACCAAGAAGGAAGGUUGCACCAUCCUCUUCAUGAUGCUCUACUUCUUCAGCAUGGCCAGCUCCAUCUGGUGGGUCAUCCUCUCCCUCACCUGGUUCCUGGCCGCCGGCAUGAAGUGGGGCCACGAGGCCAUCGAGGCCAACUCCCAGUACUUCCACUUGGCUGCCUGGGCCGUGCCGGCUGUCAAGACCAUCACCAUCCUGGCCAUGGGGCAGAUCGACGGGGACCUGCUGAGCGGCGUCUGCUUCGUGGGCCUCAACAACAUUGACCCUCUCCGGGGCUUCGUGUUGGCCCCGCUCUUCGUCUACCUCUUCAUCGGUACCUCCUUCCUCCUGGCCGGCUUCGUCUCCCUCUUCCGCAUCCGCACCAUCAUGAAACACGGAGGCACCAAAACGGAGAAGCUGGAGCGCUUGAUGGUUCGCAUCGGAGUCUUCAGCGUCCUCUACACCGUCCCGGCCACCAUCGUCAUCGCUUGCUAUUUCUACGAGCAGGCGUUCCGCGAGCACUGGGAGCGCAGCUGGAUCAGCCAGAAC